AUGAAGGAAUUGUCAAUCGAUAGAAAAAAUGAUGACUCCGCAUUGAAGCAUGAGCGGCUGAGAUACAUGACUUUUCUGGCAGAUGUUCUGGGUCACUUGGAAUCGAUGCAAGUUUUUCUCCCACAAAUAGAUGAAACCAAUCAGCAAGGGCGUGGAAUUGGGGUUGUUCAUCCGCUGUCAAAGAGCACUGAACAGGACGAUGAUGUUGUCGAUUUCUUUCUGAUUGAAGAAAUCCGAAAGUAUGUUAAAAUAAAGCCCAACAGACUGGGGAAACAGAACUUUAUGGGAGCGAAUGGGACGUUCACAAGCAUUGGCCAUGCUUGUUUCUCCAUGAAGCAGGAGCUAGAAGAGUACAUGGACUAUGAUGUGGGGGACUUCUGUAAGGAUGACUGGAAAUUGGGCCAGAAGCUAAUGGUUCAUGGCUGUGAUCCUUUGCCAAGAAGGAGAUGUUUCUCAAGAGCUCCACAGCUCUAUAGCAAGCCAUUCUCUAUUAAUGAGUCCAUGUGGAGACUCCCAGAUGACCGAAAUGUACGUUGGAGUCAGUACAGAUGCAAGAGCUUCACUUGUCUGGCUAACAACAAGACUGGCAAAGGAUUCUUCAAAUGUGCAGAUUGCUUCAAUCUCACCAUUCAUGAAAUGCCCAGAUGGAUGAAACUCAUGAGUUAUGACCCGAAUAUGAAUUCGACUGCCGAUUUCCUUAUCGCAGAAGUUCUGAAAAUUAAGCCUGGGGAGAUAAGGAUCGGGUUGGAUUUCAGCAUUGGGACUGGGACUUUUGCUGCAAGGAUGAGGGAGUUUAAUGUCACGAUCAUCUCUGCUACCAUCAACCUGGGUGCUCCGUUCAACGAGAUGAUUGCGCUCCGAGGGGUUGUUCCUCUCUACUUAACCAUAAACCAAAGGCUUCCUUUCUUUGACAAUACACUGGACAUCAUCCAUACGACGAGAUUUCUCGAUGGUUGGAUUGAUUUUCAGCUCUUGGACUUUGUCUUGUAUGACUGGGACAGGGUUCUAAGGCCAGGUGGUCUGCUAUGGAUUGACCGCUUCUUCUGUUUGGAGAAGGAUUUGGCUGAUUACCUAGAUGCAUUUAAGAUGCUCAGGUACAAAAAGCAUAAAUGGAUUGUUGUGCCCAAGCUGGAUAAAGUCGGUCAAGAAAUGUUCUUUUCUGCAGUCCUUGAGAAGCCACCGAGGCCAUUCUGAUCUCAAAAUAUCAGAGAGUUUUGAGGUUCUCUGUUGAAUCUUCAUGUCGUUUCUCAAAAUUUUUGUACUGAAAAUCAAAAUCCAAGUUUUAGUGUUAGAUUCUUUUAGAACAUGAGAUGCCUGACUGAAUGUGAGAAAAAGGGUGUUGCCUGCUUCUUUCUGAGUUUGUAGUUUAGGCAAGUUUAGAGCAUUAUGAAGUUGCUAGUUUCUGACCAUUGUAGCACAUUGCAUUGAGUUGCAUCAUUAUGAAAGCAUCCAUACUAAUGUGUAUUUUCUUUUGGAAAACGAAAAUUACUGCUUCGAGCAUCAUAAUAACUUGAUAACA